GUGUGUUACGUGGGUGAUCAACAGCGUAUGAAUUGUAUAGAGCCAGUUGUUAUCAAGUUGCACUAGAGUAAAAAAGGACAGGAGAAAAGUCGAAAGUGAGAAAAAAGGAUGUGCGGUAUCAGGUCAGGUUAGAUUUCUUUCUCCCCACUCAGCAUCGAGCACAGACGUCACAAGCUGUUGAACACAGUGAGUUUAUGGUGACGUCCAUUGCGUUCAUCGUAAACCGUGAUAUCAGGAGCACCAGAAAAUUGCCGAGAUGAUAGCAUAAAUUGGUUUUUGUGUAUUUAUUUCUAUUGAAUUACGAAGAUCGCAGUAGUCUAAGAAGGAUCGUGAUCAAGAAUGGCAUCCAAGUGCAAUAUAUGUUUACUUUUAUACACUUUUGUUGUUUUAUCAAAUGGAUACAUUUUGCGAUCUUUACCAGAAACCAGGAAGUUGAACGAAGAUUUUAUACAACCAUAUUAUACACAUUAUGAAGAACUUCAGAGAUUAUUCAACAGGCUGGAAGAACAGUAUCCAAAUUUAGCGAAAGUACAUUCAAUCGGAAAAUCAGUAGAAGGCCGUGAUCUCUUAGUUUUGGAAAUUUCUGAAAAUGUUCAUAAUCGAGCCUUGGGUGAACCCAUGGUGAAAUAUGUUGCAAAUAUGCAUGGUGAUGAAUCUGUUGGUCGAGAACUUAUGAUUUAUUUAGCUCAGUAUCUGCUAAAAAAUUAUAAUAUUGAUGAGAGAGUUACAAAACUUGUAAACAACACAGACAUUUUCAUUAUGCCCUCAAUGAAUCCAGAUGGGUUUGAAAAAUCAAAGGAAGGGCUUUGUGAAUCAUUGGACGAUUUUUCUGGAAGAGAAAAUGCAAACCACGUAGAUUUGAAUCGUGAUUUUCCUGAUCAGUUUGUCAAAUAUCCUGAUCAAUAUCUACGCAAUGAAAAUAUUGGCAAUGGAAGACAAAGCGAAACAAUAGCUAUGAUGACGUGGAUUGUAAAUCAUCCCUUCGUGUUAUCGGGCAAUUUUCAUGGAGGUGCUGUUGUUGCCAGCUACCCUUACGAUUCGGGAAUACGCAAUAAUUGUUGUGAAGAAAGCCGAUCUCCAGAUGAUAAACUAUUCAAAUAUCUCGCCCACAUUUAUGCUGACAACCAUCAAGUAAUGCGAAAUGGGGAUGCUUGUAAACUUGAUAAGUUUGAUAAAUCCGGAGGAAUAAUUAAUGGUGCUUAUUGGUAUAAAGUCAUUGGUGGCAUGCAAGAUUUCAAUUAUGCUCAGUCCAAUGCUUUUGAAAUAACUUUUGAAUUGAGUUGUUGCAAAUAUCCAAAUAGAACAGAUUUACCUUCCCAUUGGAACUUGAAUAAAGAAUCAUUAUUAAAGUACUUGGAACAAGCACAUAUUGGAAUUAAAGGUAUUGUAGAAAAUUCAGAAGGCGAAAGAUUAGAAGAUGCUAAAAUACAUGUUGAAGGCAUAAAUCAUACAGUAAAAACAACAGUAGAUGGAGAAUAUUGGAGACUUCUACUUCCUGGAGAAUAUAUUGUUUAUGCUACUGCUUGGAAUCAUAAACCAAGUGAACCCAAACGAGUUAUUGUUGAAAAAGGACAACCAACGAUUGUCAAUUUUACUCUAUAUCGUAUUCCACGAGAUGAUCAAGUUGCAGCAAUGUCUGAAAAAAUAGAAGAAAUAGAAAGAUCUAGAGAUGAAUAUGGGUUUUAUCAUAAUAUUUCAUUUUAUCAUCAUAAUUACGUUGAAAUGGAAAAAAUGUUAAAAUCCAUAAAUAAUUCUUAUCCAAAUAUUACCCGUCUCUAUUCCAUUGGAAAAUCUGUUCAGGGAAGAGAGCUUUACGUAAUGGAAAUAACAGACAAUCCUGGAAAACAUGACCCCAAUAAACCAGAAGUAAAAUACAUUGCUAAUAUGCAUGGAAAUGAAGUAGUUGGUAGAGAGAUGUUAUUAUUAUUACUCAAAUAUUUAUGUGAGAAUUUUGAUACGGAUCCAAGAGUUACGAAAAUUCUAAAGACGAUUAGAUUACAUGUGAUGCCAAGUAUGAAUCCUGACGGUUAUGAAGUUUCACAAGUUGAAGUCGAUGAUGACACAGGGAGAUAUAAUGCACAUCAUGUAGAUCUCAAUCGAAACUUUCCCGAUCAAUAUGGUGAAACAAAGUACAAUAGGUAUCAAGAACCAGAAACAAAAGCAGUAAUGGAUUGGAUAUCGAAAAUUCCAUUCGUUUUAUCAGCAAAUCUUCAUGGUGGUGCUUUAGUAGCAAAUUAUCCAUACGAUGAUGGGCCUAUAGAAGGCAAGACUGAACCAAAUCCAAGUCCAGAUGAUGCAGUGUUUAAAGCUAUAUCUUUAGCUUAUUCAAAUAUCCAUCCGAGAAUGCACUUAGGAAAGCCAUGCCCGCUUCCACCUGGAAAGAGGAAAUGGCUAAUGACUGUGCUGGACGAAAAAUUUCCUGAUGGAAUUACUAAUGGUGCAGCUUGGUACUCUGUCUCAGGUGGAAUGCAAGAUUACAAUUAUCUUCACAGUAAUGCUUUCGAAAUUACCUUAGAAAUUGGAUGUACUAAAUAUCCGAAAGCGGAAGAGUUACCUAAAUUGUGGCUUGAAAAUCGAGAGGCUUUAUUAGCUUUUAUCGAAAUGUCUCGUAAAGGAAUUCAUGGAUUUGUUCGUUCUUCAAUUGGCAAUCCAAUACCCCAUGCUAAAAUAUCUGUGGAAGGAAUAAAUCACGAUAUCUACACUGCUGAAAGUGGUGAUUAUUGGAGAUUACUCGUGCCUGGUACUUACACGGUUACUGCAAGUGCUGUUGGAUAUGAAUCUUCAACUCAAAUCGUAAAAGUACCAUCCAGUCGUAAAUCUCGACAGCAAGAAGUUACCUUAGAUUUUACACUCAUGCGAGACGAUAAUGAACACUGGUCUUCCGCUUAUGAUUUUAGAUUAAUGAAUAACUUAAAAAGUGGUUAUUUGACGAAUGCUGAAUUAAAUACUCAAUUAGGAAACCUGGAAAAUUUACAAAAAGAAAGUAUUAUUGAAUUUCUUGCUGGAGAGUCACUUGAUAGCAUGGCAAUACAUUCUCUAAAAAUGACGAGAAAUUUAGGAGCUCCAGAAGAAAAUAAGCUUCAUAUCGCUUUGAUAGGAGGGUUAUUUGCAUCUCAACCAGUGGGUCGUGAAAUUUUUAUUCGUCUAGCACAUCAUUUAUUAACAGGAGAUACACUUGGAGAUCCACCUAUAAAACGUCUUUUAAAUAAUGCAGUAUUACAUAUCAUUCCUGGUAUAGACCAAGCCUUUGACAACAUUCACGAUAAUUGUAAUCCUAUUGUUGAAAACGAAAUUGGACAGAAAUUAAUAGACAAUAAAAAUCCUGAUGAGUUAGAUCCAGUAACGAGUGCUCUUAAAAGAAUGCUGGCUUCAGAAAGCUAUAAUGUCAUUGUGAUUAUCGGUGGAGGAAGUGUUAGUGUUGAUUACACAGGAGACCCUUUUAAUAUUUAUAAAAAUUUUGCUGUUGAAUAUAAUAAUGCAUUGCAUAAACAACAAUGUGAUUAUACAAAUAGUAAUUCAAGUGCUGUUGGCAAUUUCAUAAACAAUAAUUAUCACAUUCCCGUUAUUACACUUUCACUCUCUUGUUGUAAAUACCCAGGAGCUGAGACAAUUCCAACUAUUUGGAGAGACAAUUUACUUCCUUUAAAAGAAUUAUUAUUCGAUAUAACGACAGGAGUUCGAGCUAGAGUGACUGAUCGUAAUGGUAAACCAUUACGAAAUGCUUCAGUUAUGAUAAAUAAUAAUGUGUAUCCAGUGAGUAAAAAUAUGGCUUACUUUAUCAAGACUCUUUUGCCUGGAAAAUAUGUAAUAAUGUUUUCUGCUGAUAAAUAUGGUCGACAAACUGUAGAUGUUAUAGUAAAAGAGCAUGAAAUAACAGAUAUAAAUAUUGAAUUGCAAGAAUUAAACAGUAUUGCAAUUGUUGAAGAAUUACCAAAUCCUUUGAAAAACUUCAAAGAAGAUGAUGGAGUAAAUCGUGAACUCGAUGAAUUAAAUAGUAAAUACGAGAAAAUUUCACAGCUCCAUGAAAUUGGAACUACUUCACAUGGUUCAAAGAUUAUGGCCAUUGAAAUUGGUGUUCAAAGUAAUAAAUUGAAAUUAUCUGUAAAACCUACAAUUGUCUUUACUGCAGGAAUAAAUAACGGUGCUCCAGCUACCUCUGAGACUUUAAUAAAUUUAGCUAAAUAUCUUUUAAUUAAUUACCAUCAGGAUGAAGACGUAACAAAUAUUCUCGAUAAAUAUGCUAUAUUUAUAGCUCCAAAUAUUUAUCCUGAUAAUAGAAAUGAUUCAACUUGUUCAGUAAAGUCAUCAGGGCUUGAAUUCCCUAUCGAUGGAUCUUUUAAUGCUGAUACUCAGAUGGUUGCUAAUUGGUUGAAAAAAUUAAACGCUAUUUUAGCAAUCAACUUAAAUAUUGGAUCAAGACAUGUGGAAAUACCUUACGGUGAUAAAUAUGGUAGAAAAGGAAAUUAUGAGACUGACGAUGAUGAAGUCUUUAAAUAUUUUGCAAAAGUUUAUACGGAUAAUCACCCAACAUUACUAUCAGAUCAAAAGUGCAAUGAAAAUAUACAUGUUGAUGCCAAUAAAAUUACUCAUGCUGGAGAAGCUUUCUUAGAAAGUAAACAACAUUCUUUAAUAGAUUUUAUGUAUUUAAACACUAGCACGUUUAUGAUUGAUGUUUAUGUUACUUGCUGCAGCAAUGAUGAGCCAAAUAAAAUCUGGGUAGAAAAUAAAAACAGCUUUAUACAAAUUAUUAAGGCAGUUAACAUAGGAGUAACUGGUUUUGUAGUGACAGAAAAUGAUGAGCCGAUUAAAAAUGCGAUUAUAACUUACGAUGAUUCAAUUCAUAAGGUUUAUAAUCAUAAAAAUGGUGCUUACUGGAUUCUAUUGCCUGCUGGCAUGCAUAAUAUAUCUGUACAAGUUAAUGGAUAUUUUUCAGAUACUAAAAUGAUAUCCACACCAGAUUUAAAGAAAUUUUCUUAUCUUAUAUUUAAACUAACGAAAGAUGAAAGUAUCUUUGGAAUGCCUAGACUCGUCUUUGUCAUUAUUUCUGGAAUUGUUUUUGUUGGAAUAAUUUCAUUAGGAAUAGUUUGUCACGUCAACUGUCGUUCAAAUUCGAUAUCAAAGAAUAAUCGAAGAGCUUAUGCUUUUAGUUUAUUGAGAGAUGGCACAAGCUUCUUUGAUGAUGAUGAAAAAGAAGUAGAAUUAUUUAAACAUCCUAAAUUUUCAAAAGCUGACGAAGAACCAUUGAAUUCAGAGAUUAAUCGUCCAUACUAUGAUGGAAAUCAAUCAGAUUCAGACGAAGUUAGUGAUUUAGAAUUCGUCAAGCCUGAACGCAACUGGCGUGAGAAAAUUCCAAUUAUUGGAUUACAUUAAUAUUGUUAGGAUUUUUAUCAUCCGUCCAUUGGUAAAUUUUAUAUCUUUUUCAUAUUCUCUUAUGUUAGAUAAUUACAAUAUAAAAUAAGGAUAUUUAAAUAAGUUUUAUAUGUAAAAAUAUUUUGAAUAUGCGAGGAAGCGCUUUUCAUAAAUUUCCUAUCAAGUAUAUAAUUUUUGAAUUUAAAAAAAUGUAAAUAUGCAUAUAAUUACAUUCUUAGGUUAU